AUGAAUCGUUCUGAUAGUGGCAGCGAUGAUGAGCACGAGUAUUCUCAAAACCAGCAGCCCGCACCAGCGAAUUACGCCUACGCUUCUCCGCCACCUCCACCUCAAGGUUAUCACUCACCCCAGGAUCAAAAUUCAAAUGGUCAAGCUCUUUAUUAUCCUCCACCAGCACAGGCUUAUCCUCAGCCACAGCCAGGCCAUCCUCCUCCGAUUUAUGUUUCACCACCGGCAUACACUCCACCAAGUUUUCAUCCCGUAGGCUACCCCCAAGCUGCACCUCAACCUCAAGCCCAGCCUCAGACUAUAAUUUACAAUCAGGCGCCCUCCGGCCCUCAACAACAACAACAACAGCAGCAACAGGAGGAGGUUGCAGCUGCAGGCUGCUUGGAAGGAUGGUGA